UUUUUAAUUUAUUUCAAUAAAUCACAUUUCCCUCCAUCACAUUUUUGUCUUUUUUGUUUGUUUUAUGCUCCCACCACAAUACCAUACAUGUAGCUGGUUUACCUUGUUGGGAUUGUUUGUUCCCAUGUGGGUGGAUGGUGUGGUCACAUUUUUGUCCCUACAUUCACAUAAUCAAGUACAUGAGGAGCUGUUACUGUGUAUGAAACGGAGACAAAAGCAAAUUAAAUGAAUGUGACCAAGAUAUUAAAGUUCAAUCUGGGACAAGGAACACAGAUAGUAAAAUGAAGCUAGCAGCCCAACGAGUGGUAGAAGAGUCAGUGGUAGAUAAACUGAAACAAUACCACUAUUCAGAUGAGAGAGACGCCCAACAGAAAUAGUCAAAUGAGGCACCUUGUCUUCCUUUUGAGAGUUGAACACUAUCCGUGCAGAGAGUAUGUACCACAGUGCUGCCACUAUUCUGACAUUUUGUCCUAACAAAAGCGUGGAGCGAUGGAGAAUAAGUUGGGUGUAGACCUGCAGAUGGAGACACCAGAAGGAGGCCUGAAGGAGCUGGUUCUGAGGUGGUUCACUGAGACGCAGGCAGCGCUCAUGCUCAACAAUGGAAACUUCCCAGACUGGUUUCAAGGCUUCGCUGCAAGAAAGGAUGCAGAAGAUCUAUUAAGAGAUAAAGCUCUAGGCAGUUUUCUCAUUCGCCUCAGUGAUAAAGCCAUUGGCUACAUCUUGUCCUACAAGGGCCACGACAGGUGCCGCCAUUUUGUCAUCACCCAGGAUCAAGAUGGGCAGUUUGCCAUAUCAGGAGACUGUCAGACUUAUCACAGUCUCACAGAGCUGAUAGAGCACUACAAGGUCAGCCCCAUCCAGCCCUUUGGAGAGUGCCUGACCUCCAGCUGUUACGAGGAAGACACAGGUGAACUAUACGAUGUGGUGAACUACAACCCCAAACAUAAGCCUGGAGUGAGUGUCCAAGCUCUACGGAGCCUGUGGGACCAGAAAAAUGAUCAUCACAAUGACCCUCGCAAUAAUCAAAGGACUCAGCAGCAAAAUGGCCCCGGGACAGUGCAGCCACCUGCAGUGCCACCUAAAUCCAAAAGCAGAAAGUUGACGGGAACAGUGUCUGUAGACGCAAUGUCCCUCUCACAGGGUGUACCUCCAGUUCCAAAAAGAGGCAUUCCUCUGGGCUUCUCCCUGAGUGGAUCUUUGCCUGACACAACAUCACAUCCAAGUGAAACCCAGAGUGACUCAAACAGAUCAGAGAGACUGAGAGGAAAUGCGGCCUCAGUGCUAAUGACAGACAGAGACUCAUUUAAAACCACUGACACAAGCUAUCCUGGGGAUCUUUGUCCACCAGGUACCACAUACUCUGAGCUAACACAGGUGGAGAACAGAAGCAAAUCUCUACCACAACUUGACCACAACAACGUGGUGGAGGACGAGUAUUCUAACCAGCUCAGUAGUCCCUCAGCAUCUUACGCACCUGCUCCACUGAAAAGGGUCACCUGCCACACCUACUCCCUCCAUGAACCUGGGGCUCAGAGGCCAAACGCCUCUAGGUCAGAACAGCAGAGCGAUGAUAUGGAAUUACUGAGGUCCAACCCUUUGUACCAUACCUCUGAGGGGCCAGGGGGGAGUUCAACUCAGCAGGGAGAUGGGAUGUAUGCUGAGGUCCCCCAGAGGUCAACACCUGCUGGUCAACCUGAUGACACCUACGAGCAGAUCCCUGGAGAUGCUGCCAUUGCUGCUGCUGUCCAAGGCAACACUUAUGAGUCACUGGAUGAUAUGAAGACUAAGAAGUCCAAGUCCACCUGGGGUAAAAAUAACAUGAAAUGGAAAAAAUUCCUUCCUGAUUACAAGAAGAAAUAAAAGCAACAGAAAGGACUCUGCAUGUGGAUAAUUUUGUGGUCAAAUGCAGAAUCGAGUGUUUGAUAUUUUAGUUAACUGAGACAAAAAUGAAAGUAUGAGUAUUACGUAUGUAUCAAAUGUCUAUGAUAGUAUUUUAUUAAGUAUGAAAGUAUAGAAUUCAGAUGUCCUAAGUCUGUAAAUAUCCCACUCUAUAUAUAUUUAGCAGUAGUUAGUAUAUUCCAAUCAUUUUCCUCUCACAGCAAGCAAGAUUAACAUUACAUAUUUCUAUUAUUAUUACUAUUAUUAUUAUUAUUAUUAUUAGUAGUAGUAGUAGUAGCAGUAGUGUUGGUGGUGGUUUUAGUUUUUGUAGCAGUGGUGGCAUUAAAGGUGAUACAGGAUUGUGUAUUUGUGUAUUUUGUCAUUAAAAUCUUUCAAAUAUCUUGAAAUUCAGACAAAUUAACUAAAUUACUAAUUAACUAAAAAACAAAAGUAAAUCAUCAGAUACUUGUGUCACUGUUCAUCAUAAGUUCAUAUUUAGACAUUUUGAUUUGGUUUUGAAGUGAAUAACAUGGAACAUCUUGUUACAACACAAUGUUCUGCUGGGAAACUUUGGACUCAGUCAUCUGGAUGUUACGUCUGUUCAGGUCCAAACUCAGUUCAGACUUGCACUUCACAGUUAAUCUGACCUGUUGGAUCUAGUCACUAAGUAUUUACAUUUUCUGCCUUCUUUGCAUUCCCAGCUUCAGAUUUCUUCAUAUUUCCUCUGUCCUAAACCUUUCUCCUGCCGAGUCUUCCUCAUGACUCACAUUCUGCCUGAAGCCUCUUUCCUCUUGAUGAUGUGCUUUUUGUCUGAAAUGCCUUCCAGCUCUUUUUGAACUGACUCCUUCAUGAUGAGAUCUUUCUUUAUUUGAAGCACCAUCCUCAUUAUCUACGAAGUCUGUCACCUCUCUCUUAAGGGGGCUGCUCUCCGUGGAGGAUUUCUCUCUUCUUCUGAAAGGUCUUCCUCAUUUUCUUCAGUCCUGUCUUGUCUUUCUUAAAGCACUCUCAUCCUGUUAUGGUUGCCUCCUCUUCACCACGAGAAUGUUACUUUUCUCAACUGAUCCCUGAUUAGAUGCUCUAACGUGCCAGAACCUUCUGAAUUGCUGGGUUUAAAAAUAUUUAUA